GGAAGGAACCGAUUAAAUAAAUUAACGCUGCAGGUUCUUGUUGUUUUUUGGGGUGGGGUGGGGUGGGGAGGGGGGCAGAACAUGAGCAAAGAGUGUCAACUAAGGGCGGCGAUAAACCAGAAGCUGAUCGAGAUGGGGGAACGGGAGCGGUUGAAGGAGCUGCUCAGGGCCAAACUGGUGGAGUGCGGCUGGAAGGACGAGCUGAAGGCCCACUGCAAAGGUAAACUAUUAACUAACCCCAGGAUUUACGAUGUGAUCCGAGAAAAGGGCCUGGAGCACGUCACCGUGGAGGACCUGGUCACAGAGGUCACCCCCAAAGGCCGAGCUCUUGUACCGGACAGCGUGAAGAAAGAGCUCCUCCAGAGAAUCAGAGCAUUUCUGGCUCAACACGCAGCUUUGUGAAGCCAACAAAUCCUCUAAUUUUUGGGUUGUUUUUUAAUCAUUGUAGAUCUACAAU